UCUUUCCCCUUUUUGUUCAAUGAUUGAACUUGAAAAUCAUAAAAGACAAAGAUGGCUUUUUUUUAGCAACCGUCAUUGCCCUUCUUGGCUCCCUGCGUGUUAUCACUUUCUCGUACUUCUGAACUCAACUGGAGCAUUUUGCACUGCAAGAACCUAUGAUGGUUCUCAAGCUCAUUCCUUUUUCUGAGAUUAGAGAUAGAUAUGGAGCUGUUCAUUAUGCUGAGCUUCUUCCUCCUAACUUUGUCUUCUUCUAAGAAUCCAAGAAAAAACAAAAAGAGAGUUUUCUCUUCACCAAAAUUAAAUGGAAAUUAUCUUCUCUUUCUCAAAUAAGUGUGCGUUAUGGAUGUUUUUUUUUUCCUCUCCACUCCUUUUAGUGCCUUUUGAUGCUUGUUCUUGGCAAAUCCUUUUGUAGCAGACUUUCCUUUUAACUAAGCUUGAUUAUUUUAGAAUAGGUUCUAAACAGUUUGAGACAAAUGGUCCAAGCUUUGAAGGAAGUGUUAAAAGUUUCAAUCCUCUUCAAUUUGGUUGAAUUGGCUACUGAGAGGCAGAGGACACAGCAUAGAUAAUUUGGACCGUUGAAACUGAUAGUUCAUAAUUGGCCUCUUGACUAGACACGCGUUCAAUUUCUUGUAAAUCUGCUACUGAAGGUAGAGUACGAGUAUAAUGUACUCAUUGAGACUACUUAAAUGAUCUUUCAUUCGACAGAGGUGGGAUUGAUUGCCAGUCAUGGCUCGAAACCAACUGGGGGUGCUUGACGCGCUCGAUGUGGCCAAGACGCAAUGGUAUCAUUUCACCGCGAUCGUGAUCGCAGGGAUGGGAUUCUUCACCGACGCGUACGAUCUCUUCAGUAUAUCUCUCGUCACCAAGUUACUCGGCCGGAUAUACUACUUUAACCCCGACUCUGACAAGCCUGGCACCUUACCUCCCAAAGUCGCCGCUGCUGUUAACGGUGUUGCACUGUGUGGCACUUUGGCCGGGCAGCUCUUCUUUGGGUGGCUUGGUGACAAGUUGGGACGGAAACGAGUCUAUGGUAUAACCCUGGUCCUCAUGGUCGUUUGCUCUCUCGCCUCCGGGCUCUCGCUUGGCCACCAGCCCAAGGGCGUCAUAGGCACCCUCUGUUUCUUCCGGUUCUGGCUUGGUUUUGGCAUCGGGGGUGACUACCCGUUGUCUGCGACCAUCAUGUCUGAAUAUGCCAACAAGAAGACCCGUGGUGCGUUUAUUGCCGCGGUCUUCGCCAUGCAAGGAUUUGGGAUAUUGGCUGGAGGGAUCGUGGCCCUCAUCGUCUCGAGCGCAUUCGAUCAUGCGUUCAAUGCUCCUCCGUACUCAGAAGCUAGGGAAGGCUCCACUGUUCCGGAAGCUGAUUACAUAUGGAGGAUCAUUCUGAUGUUUGGCGCAAUCCCGGCCGCUAUGACCUACUACUGGCGAAUGAAGAUGCCUGAGACCGCUCGUUACACCGCCCUAGUGGCCAAGAAUGCAAAGCAGGCAGCUACCGACAUGUCGAAGGUGUUGAAUGUCGACCUUGAGGCCGAGGAAGAGAAGGUGGAAAAGAUUACGCAAGAGAGAUCCCACAACUUCGGCUUGUUCAGCAGAGAAUUUGCUCGCCGCCACGGAAUUCACCUCAUCGGGACCACCACCACUUGGUUCUUGUUGGACAUUGCCUAUUAUAGCUCCAACCUCUUCCAGAAGGACAUCUUCAGCAAGGUGGGUUGGCUUCCCAAGGCAGCGACUAUGAACGCGAUUCAUGAAGUCUUCCGCAUAUCCAAAGCACAGACCUUGAUUGCACUCUGCGGCACAGUUCCCGGAUACUGGUUCACGGUCGCUUUCAUCGAUCACAUUGGAAGGUUUGCUAUCCAAUUGAUGGGUUUCUUCUUCAUGACCGUGUUCAUGUUCGCUCUAGCGAUCCCUUACCAUCACUGGACCCUGAAGCCAAACCACAUCGGCUUCGUGAUCAUGUACUCGUUGACCUUCUUCUUUGCCAACUUUGGGCCCAAUGCCACAACGUUCGUAGUGCCGGCAGAGAUUUUCCCGGCGAGGCUCCGGUCAACUUGCCACGGCAUAUCAGCAGCGUGUGGAAAGGCAGGGGCGAUUGUCGGGGCCUUCGGGUUUCUGUACGCUGCGCAGGGGAAAGCGUUAGCAGAUAGAGACGCCGGUUACCCGGCAGGGAUUGGUAUGAAGAACUCAUUGAUCAUGCUUGGCGUCAUCAACUUCUUUGGGAUGUUGUUCACUCUAUUAGUCCCUGAAUCGAAAGGAAAGUCACUCGAGGAGCUCACAGGCGAAAAUGAGGAUGAACCCGGUCAGACAGAGCAGCCUCAGGAGGUUUCCGCUGCUAGAACAGUGCCAGAAUGAUUUCAAACUCAUGAUUCCUAAAACUCCAACUCAGAACAGACUGAGAUAGCUCAGCCAGCACACCAUACAGGUAAAUGUUUAUCAUGUCUAUGGGAAACUAAAGUUCGAGCCAAAAUUAAUCUGAUUUCAUUCGUGUUGUUUCUAAUUUGGACAUGGACUGUAAUCAAGUAUGAAAUCUGCCAAGGUUCUAAAUUUUCCAA